GGACACGCCCCCGCGCUGCGCCUGGUGAUGUUGCAUGUGCCCGAGUGCAGGCAGUUCUGAAAGCAGUUCCUGAUAGAAGCUACUGCUCCGCUUCUACACUGGCAGAGAACGAGAGAGGGAGUGAGCGAGGGAGAGGGGAGAGCGAGUGAGCGAGAGAGAGAGGGAGAGAGAGAGAUUUCUCCCCGUGCGCCGGGUCCACAUUUGCACGAUGGCAUCAGAUCCAGGGCUGCUGCCCCUCUUAGUGUGGACUAUAUCAAUGCAGGUCCUGGGCUCCAGAGGAACGUCAAAUAAUGAAGUGAAUCUCCUGGACACAACCAAAAUAUCUGGAGACUGGGGCUGGCUCACAUAUCCUUCACAUGGGUGGGACGCCAUCAAUGAAAUGGACGAGUAUUUCAGCCCCAUCCACACGUACCAGGUGUGCAAUGUGAUGAGUCCGAGCCAGAACAACUGGCUCCGGACCAACUGGAUCCAGCGGGACGGCGCCCGGCGGAUCUACAUCGAGAUGAAGUUCACUCUGCGCGACUGCAACAGCAUGCCAGGCGUUCUCGGCACCUGCAAGGAGACCUUUAACCUCUUCUACUACGAGACCGACCGCGAUGUUGGCACGACCAUCUGGGAGAGUCAGUUUUCCAAGAUCGACACCAUCGCCGCCGACGAGAGUUUCACCAACGUGGACCUGGGGGUGAGGAGACUCAAGCUCAACACUGAAAUCCGCGGCGUCGGGCCGCUCAGCAAGCGCGGCUUCUACUUAGCGUUUCAGGAUAUAGGAGCCUGCAUCGCUGUGGUGUCCGUUCGAGUGUACUACAAACGCUGCACGGGAAUGGCCCGAAACCUGGCCGUCUUCACGGAUGUGGUCACGGGGGCCGACUCGUCCUCGCUCGUGGAGGUCAGAGGUCAGUGUGUGGACCACGCCGAGGAGAGAGACACGCCAAAGAUGUACUGCAGCGCUGAGGGCGAGUGGCUCGUUCCUAUUGGACGGUGCGUGUGCAGCGCUGGGUUUGAGGAGCACAGAGACAACUGCAUUGCGUGUGAGGUGGGUUUCUACAAGCCGGUGGCGGGAGAUCAGCAGUGUGGGAAGUGUCCUCUCCACAGUCACUCCGAGACACGAGCGGCUCUCUCCUGCCCGUGUGACGCCAACUUCUAUCGUUCCUCUACGGAUCCACCGGCUUUUCCCUGUACAAGACCUCCGUCUGCUCCGGUAAACAUCAUCUCAUCUGUGAACGGCACCUCGGUCAAUCUGGAGUGGGGUUCGCCUCUGGACGCAGGGGGCCGCAGUGAUGUCAUCUAUGAUGUCCUCUGCCAGAGGUGUGACAAAGACGGGACGCAGUGCGAAGACUGUCGGGUGGGUGCGGGUGGAAGUAACGGGGUCAAUGGGGGUGCUGCAGACACCAAUGGAGCUGUUGGUGGGACGUCUGGGGGAGGAGGGCUCUUGAAUGGGGUCGUGGUGGCCCGGACUGGAGCGGCCACGGUCCGCUUUAUCCCACAGCAGACGGGACUCACUGAACCAUGGGUGACGGUGCUGAAUCUCGCCGCUCACGCUAACUACACCUUCCGUGUUCUCGCGCUAAAUGGAGUCACGCACCUGAGCAACGAACUGCCACAGUCUGUGAUGGUCAAUAUCACCACAAACCAGGCAGCUCCGUCUCAAGUGAUGGCCGUCCGGCAAGAAAACGCCAGUCAGAACAGUGUCGUGCUGUUCUGGCACGAACCAGCUCAGCCCAAUGGAGUUAUAUUAGAAUAUGACAUCAAAUAUUAUGAAAAGGACAGCGAACAGACAAGUUAUGCUACGAUAAAGUCACAGAACACCAGCGCUAAAGUGUCAGGUCUGAAGCCCGGCACGAGCUACAUCUUCCAGAUUCGGGCCAGAACCUCGGCUGGCUGUGGGCGAUUCAGCCAGUCAGUGGAGAUACAGACUGGGAAAGCAACUCCGCUGCGAAAUACCAACAUGGCGAUUAUCUGGAUCUGCUUGGCUUCGGUGACGGGACUGGUGACAUUUCUGGCCGUUGUCAUCUGCAGAAAACGGCAAGAGGAGUACUUUGAAUUUCGUUGUGGAUACAGCAAAGCUUUCCAAGACUCAGACGAGGAGAAAAUGCACUACCAAAAUGGCCAUGUAUCAUUUCCAGAAGCCAGAUUUUAUAUUGAUCCCCACACAUACGAGGACCCCUGCCAAGCUGUCCACGAGUUUGCCAGAGAAAUUGAAGCGUCCAGGAUCAAAAUAGAGAAAAUCAUCGGUUCAGGAGAGUUUGGGGAAGUGUGUUAUGGGCGGAUGAAGCUGCCCGGGAAACGUGAUAUCCCAGUGGCUCUGAAGACUCUUAAAGCCGGCUACACUGAGAAACAGAGGAGGGAUUUCCUCGGCGAGGCCAGCAUCAUGGCACAGUUCGAUCACCCUAACGUCAUCCACCUGGAGGGGGUUGUCACCCGCAGCAAACCGGUAAUGAUCAUCACAGAGUACAUGGAGAACGGCUCCUUGGACUCUUUCCUGAGGAGACAUGAUGGUCAGUUCACCAUUAUUCAGCUGGUGGGGAUUCUGCGUGGCAUAGCAGCUGGCAUGACUUACUUGGCUGAUCUGGGGUACGUCCACCGGGACUUGGCUGCCAGGAACGUUCUGGUCAACAGUAAUCUGGUGUGCAAGAUUUCAGACUUCGGUCUGUCACGCGUGCUGGAGGACGACCCUGACGCAGCCUAUACCACCAGUGGAGGAAAGAUCCCAAUCCGUUGGACGGCACCGGAGGCCAUCGCCUAUCGGAAGUUCUCCUCCUCCAGUGACGUAUGGAGUUACGCAGUGGUGAUGUGGGAAGUGAUGUCAUAUGGGGAACGGCCAUAUUGGAACUUGACCAACAGAGAUGUGAUCAAGUCCGUAGAGGAGGGUUACCGACUCCCGGCCCCCAUGGGCUGCCCCGGGGCCCUCCACACCCUAAUGCUGGACUGCUGGCAGAAAGACCGCAACGAAAGACCCAGAUUCUGCCAGAUCGUCGCGGUCCUGGAUAAGCUGAUCCGGAACCCCGAGAACCUCAAGUCAAUGGACACAUUGUGCAGGCUAAACAGUCCUUUGAUGAACAGAAGCAUUCCUGAUUUCAGCAGCUGCAGAUCAGUGGACGAGUGGCUGGACACCAUUAAGAUGGGCCGUUAUAAGAACCACUUUGCCGCAGGAGGGUAUCUGACUCUGGGACAUGUGAUGAGCAUGAAACAACAUGACAUGCAUAGGUUGGGAGUCACAUUAAUGGGCCAUCAGAAGAAGAUCAUGACCAGCGUCCAGGUGAUGAGAGCCCAAGUACUGAACCAGAGCGUGCCGUCAGUGCACAUAUAAUCACGGAUGUGUUUGGGUCUUGUGUAUGAACUUCAAAAGACUUGGACUUCUACUGGGAUACGGAGUUUUUCUUCUUCAGCGGGACAUUCUGCAAUUAUGCCUCGUCUCUUUUACCCUCUUUUGUAAAUGUUUGGACUGCCUUAAAUGACACAUAAUUUAAAUAUUGUUGUACAUGGAUAAAGAUUUUAUGAAUAGAGUCAUGAAUAUGUGAAAAGUGGACCUAAUAAUGAAUAUUAAAAUGGUGGAAAUGAAUAUGCAUAGUUUUGCCACACCCACCACAGCUCCACAACGGCAUGGAUGAAGCAACGUACGAGUGCCUCAAGUGCUGAAACGUGACGGAAAACAACGCGGCGUCACGGGAGAAUAUGAGUUAAGCUACAAAGCGAGACCCUCAGGAGGAAACGCUCGGGCUCCUGACUCCGGACAAAUGCUGAAUUAGUCUCUGUGGUCGUAAAAAGGCGAAAAGGGCAAUUAUGUGUGUCAUGUGUUUGAUUAAACACUCUGAAACUCAACCUGCUGUUAUUUUUUGCGUGCCGAACAGCGGCGGAUCCCUCUGGAAAUGGGAGGAAUAAAUAUGUGUAAAUGUUGGUCUGCUCGAAAUCUGCAAUCUCUGUCUUUCUCAUACGAGUGGAUUCAGAGUUCAGGCCCGUUUUGAAAUAUUUAUUCGUACCCCGGGAAAAGCGAGUGUUCUCCGAGUUUGGGAUGUUUUACAUCAUUCAUUUGACUGAGAAGGGGAAUCGCACAUUAUUGUGUGGACUGACUAAUUUAAAGUCAACAUGAAAUCAUAACUGACCCUGUUUACUUUACUAGAUGUUCCUGGUCUUAUUAUGAAUGAUUAAUCUGUGCAUGUUAUUCCAAAGGGAAGAAAAGUUUCGUAGUUUUCGUCACAUUAUUCGCUGCCUCUUCCACCAGCUGACAGGACGUUCCCCUCCAGCCUCGUUUCAUGCUCCCGCGAUACGUUAAAUCCUUUUCACUGAAGUAAAAUGGGUUUUGAAAGCCAUUUCAUGUUGACUUUACGAAAACACUGGACCUCAUUUAAUUUUUGAAAACAGGGUAUUAUCUGUAUGUUCAUUCUUUUAUUUAUUAAAUUAUAAUUAUUCCGUUUUAAAUAUUAAAUUACCUAAUUGUGCAUUGGUUUGUAAGACAAAGAUUAAUGGAGUUACUUAUCCAUGAAACAUAUAUGUAAAUAUGAAUAAAAUAAAGUUUUUUUCUGCUCUG